AUGUAUCAAGGCGCUCGCUCUUGCGAAAGCUAUCUUAUUGUUCGCUUGACCGAGACAAACAUGUCUACACACGGAAAGCCGAAUCUGUCGCCGCGAAACCCACACAAGAUGUAUCCCCGGGCCCCUUACAACAAGGUCCGUCCCGAGGCCCCGGCCUCGAAGUGGUACUGCUGCCGCUGCGCUCGCCACCAUGUGACCACCGCUUGGCUCACUACCAACAUGCUAUGCAUGGCUUGCGGGCAUCGGCGGUGUCGGAGGUGUCGGGUAGAGAAGCCCAGUGUUGAGGCCGGGAAUGGCGACGGGAAGGGAGCGCAAGGCCAGGGGCAGGAGCAGGGGCAGGGGCAGUCGGUGACUGGAAAGGAUAUCAAGAGUACUCGCUGA